GCCAGAGAAAUCAACAAAUGAACCAGGCGGCUUCAACAGUCACUGUUCCGAUGAUGUUGGACAACCAGGUGGAAUUGCGGAUCUUCAGGCAACUUGUUCUAUUCUCGAGUUGGAGACUACUCUGGGCGGUCAAUUAUAAACUAGGCAGGGCUUAAGAAUUGUGAAUCCCAAGUUGAUCAGCUCUGAAAUUCUAAAGAAGAAGAAGAAGAAGAGGACAUGGUUUGCAAGGCCAAGGAACCAUUUGUCCAUAGCCAUGUCAUCCUUCCUCCUAAGAUGAGGAACAUGGCUACGUGUCUCAGUGAACAAGCCGUCAAAGUAUCGGAUUCGUCAUGCUCAGGCAGCGGCGCAAGCAGCAGCAGCAGCAACAACUCUUUGUCUGUCCUAGACUCCUCCGUGCAGCGCUCCAUCACCAGCCUCCACUAUGCCAGGCUCUCCACCUCCAAGCAGCUCUUCAUCGAGCUUACAUGGUCAAAGAUCAGCACUGGCCCGACUCUCUCGGUCUCCAUCGAGGACAUCACCCUCAACCAUGAUGAAAACCAAAAGCUUGCCACCCUGAGCACGCAGGUCUUGAAGAAGAAGAAAGGAGCCCAGUCUUACGUCCAUCGAGACUCGGUGCUCGCUCUCCUCUGGGACGUCUCUUCUGCCAAAUUUGGUUCCGGGCCGGAACCCGUUGACAGCAACUACUAUGUAGCUGUUAUCGUCGAUGGAGAGUUUGCACUCUUACUCGGUGGUUGGAGCAAGGAUUACAUCAACAUCAACAGCGUCCACAACGGCAAGCUCGAGGGUGUGAUGCCUACAGCAGCAUCCGUGAUGUUUGGCCGGAAAGAGCAGGUCGUCAUCCAUACUAUUUAUUCGACAAAAGCUCGGUUCCGAGACGAUGGGAAAGAUCAUGAGAUCACAAUCAAAUGCAAAAGGAGAUUCAUGGGACGUGAAGGACUCGGAGCUAUUGGUGUACGUUGA